CGCCCGCGGUUCCGGGAGCGGGUCCGGGGGCGGGGCGGCAUCCCGGGCCGGCCGGGCGGGCGGUGAGUGUCUGCCCCUUCCUUAAGCGACAAGUUUUAGAGCAAACCACAGGACGGGGGAGGGGUUUGUCCCGCCAUGAGAGGGGAGAAGGAGGAGGGGGAGGAGGAAGUAAGCAAGCAAGCGGGCAAGUAAGCGAGAGCUGUGCCGGGGCUGUGUGGGCGGGGGUUACGCCGUGCCUUUCUGCUGCCCCCUCGUCUCCCCGGCCCGACCUGCCGCACUCCCGGUGUCUGUCCGAGCCCCGCACGGGGGCGUGAGGGCAGCCGGCGGCGGCUCCCCGAGCUCUGCUCAGCGAGGGGCUGCCAUGAGGAUCCGGCUGGCGAGAAGGUGGACGUGGGUCCGCAGAAGCUGCGCGUUGCUGGGCUUCUUGAUGGUCGCCUACUUCGCUUUGGAGCUGUCGGUUUCUUCUUUCGGUGCCUCCAUCGCCGGGGAGAGCAUCUCCAAAGGGAAAUGGGAGCGGCGUUUUACCGACGGAGCAGAUGAGGCGGUGGAUUUGGCUCGUCCGGUUUAUGAGAAAUCCCCACCCGAUUCUUACGCCCCGGGAGAGUGGGGCAAAGCCACUCGCCUGCAGCUGAGCCCCGAGGAGAAGAAGCAGGAAGCAGAGCUUAUCGAUAAGUAUGCGAUUAAUAUUUAUGUGAGUGAUAAAAUCUCUCUCCAUCGGCACAUUGAAGACAAUCGGCUGAGUGGCUGUAAAGCGAAAUCUUACAACUACAGAAAGCUGCCCACAACGUCUGUCGUAAUCGCCUUCUACAACGAAGCCUGGUCCACGUUGCUGCGGACAGUACACAGUGUUCUUGAAACUUCUCCUUCAGUGCUUCUGAAAGAAAUUAUAUUGGUGGAUGAUUUGAGUGAUAAAGUGUAUUUGAAAACUGACCUGGAGAAGUACAUAAGCAGUCUGAAAAGAGUUCGUUUAAUACGGACCAACAAACGGGAAGGAUUGGUUCGGGCGCGCUUAAUUGGAGCUACCUUUGCUACUGGUGAUGUCCUCACGUUUCUCGACUGUCACUGCGAAUGUGUCUCCGGUUGGUUAGAACCAUUGCUAGAGAGGAUUGCUGAGAACGAGACUGUUGUGAUCUGUCCUGUUAUUGACACCAUCGACUGGAACACAUUUGAGUAUUACAUGCAGUCAGCGGAGCCCAUGAUCGGGGGCUUUGACUGGCGACUGACUUUCCAGUGGCACUCAGUGCCGAAACACGAACGGCUAAGACGCAAAUCUGAAAUAGACCCAAUCAGAUCCCCAACUAUGGCUGGGGGAUUGUUUGCUGUCAGCAAGAAGUAUUUCGAGUACCUGGGUACCUAUGAUACGGGAAUGGAUGUAUGGGGAGGAGAGAACUUAGAGUUAUCAUUUAGAGUGUGGCAAUGCGGAGGCAUGCUAGAAAUUCAUCCGUGCUCCCAUGUAGGCCAUGUGUUUCCAAAGCGUGCUCCGUAUGCCAGACCGAAUUUCCUUCAGAACACGGCACGUGCUGCUGAGGUGUGGAUGGAUGAGUAUAAAGAACACUUCUACAACAGAAAUCCUCCAGCGAGGAAAGAAAACUACGGAGAUAUUUCUGAGAGAAAACUACUAAGAGAGCGUUUGAAGUGCAAGAGUUUUGACUGGUAUUUGAAAAACGUCUUUUCUGAGUUGCAUGUACCAGAAGAUCGUCCUGGCUGGCACGGUGCCGUCCGCAGUGUAGGCAUAUCGUCAGAGUGCCUAGACUAUGUUUUACCAGAGCAUAAUCCUACUGGGGCUCACCUUUCUCUCUUUGGAUGUCAUGGUCAGGGAGGAAAUCAAUUUUUUGAAUACACAUCAAAUAAGGAGUUUAGAUUUAACUCUGUAACGGAGUUAUGUGCUGAAGUUCCAGAGCAAGAGGAUUUCAUAGGCAUGAGGAGCUGCCCAAAAGAUGGAUCUCCUGUCCCGGAAAUUAUUAUAUGGCAUUUCAAAGAAGACGGGACUAUUUAUCAUCCUCAUUCUGGGAAGUGCCUUACUGCUUAUCGUACUGCUGAGGGGCGUGCUGAUGUGGAAAUGAGAACUUGUAAUGCUGCAGAUAAAAAUCAGAUGUGGAAAUUUGAGAAAUGAUUGCUAGCGGUAGUAAGAACUGAGCAGAGUCUCCAAGGUUUUUACGUAUGUGAGCAGAUAGCGACGUUUGAUUGCAUACCUUGGAAUGUCUCCAGGUGUGUCUGUCCUGUAGCGAUGUAGGAACUAUCUGCUGUGGUGAACUAUUAUGGAAAGCAAAAGCAAAUGCUGGGAGUUAGUUUCUUAAACAGGGAUUUACACUUCUAAUGCCUUCUAUUUUUGUAAAAUUUUGACCAAUUAUUUUCUUAUUUUGGUCUCUCUUGAUUAUGGGAAAGCAAAUCCUUUUGAGUGGAGGGAUUUUUCUCAUUGUUUACUAUUAAGAAAAUGAGUGCAUUAAACUUGCAUGGUAACGUUACGUGCAAGUAAAAAUAUUGUACUUACUGAAGUAAAAUUGAGGUUCUUGCAGUGUUCACUUAUUUGCAGAUUCACCAUAACAGACAUAUCUGUCGCCCUAAGAUAUACUGCUGUAGCAUGUGACUGAAUUGAUGUUGAUGUGGAAAGCUGCACCUGAGGUCUUGGAAUAUUCUGCAGUUUUCUAGGGAUUUUACAUGCUAUGAAGGGUUUUAGGGUGACCUCUAACUAUAAUACUGCAUUGAAGAGUAGGAAGGACUUUUAGUGUGUGGAUUUGGGUACAGCUUUGCAGUCUUGCUCCUGUUCUGUAAAACUUAACCUGGCCAGGGUGAGCCUCAUGUUUAGAAAAGAACAUAGUAGCAGUGAAACCAAGGAUGUGCUAGAGGUGCUGCAGAUGGGAGGAAAUAAGUGGUUAGACUUAUGAUUCUACUGGAAGGUAGGAAACAAAGCGCAGAAUUACAUUAGCUACUGCUGUUUCUUUGCUAUGUAUUUCAUAUUUACAUCAUUGUGUACGAUUUUCAUUGAGUUUGGCUUCGUAGAGGCUCAAAGUCCGUGUGACUAUGCCAUGUAUCCAUUUGUAUUUUUAUUUUAAUGAAUCUUACACGUUUUAGACCGGCAGCAGAGUAGAGGGGAGAAGUACAAAGUUAAAAUUGGGCUGACUUAUUUUGUGUUAUAUAUUUGGUACCAGCUGUCAUGCUCUGCACACUCAAUAGAGUUUGGAAAUAAUGCAGCAUACACAGCUCCUUUCUCUUCACUGUAGUGUUCUGGGAGGCCUAGUCUGGAGUUGCUGGGGUGAAGAGGGCUGGAAAGGCAAAGAAGAGAUUAGAGGAAAACAAGAUGUCCUGUGAAUCAUAUAACAAAUCUUAUUAAUGUUUUCUGUAUCCUGUUAUACUAAGCUUUGAGUAACACCAGUUCUAAAAUCACGUCACUGAUGAGCUUUCAGUGUGAUUAUAGAUAGUAGAUGUGACAGAUAUGUUUUUUUGAAUUUGAAAAAAAAAAAAUCUUGAUUCUGUGUUUGUUUUUUUUUUUAGCUAUAUACAGUUAAGUUGAAUGCUUAUCUUAAUGUUUUGGGCAUUCUAACUUUGUUUGGUUCCUUACACUGUAAUUGUGUCUUUCAGUAGCCACAGUAUAGUAAUCCUUCACUCUGGGCUGGUGGGAACUUGGAGUAAUAAGAAUCUGGGUAAAGACCCCUGAGGUAUGCAGUAGAUGCACGUUUGGUAAAGGUGUUGCUAAGUAGGAUGGUUAAAGGGGAGCAAGUGAGACCUGAAGUAGGUGAAUAUACUGAAGAUAAUAAAGCAAGAGUUAGUAAAGAUAUAUGGUAGAGUCUAAGUUGUCUUAAAGAAUUGAAGGGUUUGGGUGCAAACAGGCUGAGAUUGAAGGGGAGCAGAGGAAGAAAAAUUGGAGUGGGGGAUACAUUUGAAUCAUGCUCAAAAUGCUUGCCACUGUGUGGCAUGGGUUGUUUUAAGCCUUUAACUUAUUUCUGGGAGGUUACUUACAACUUAUUUUUUUUUCCUCUUUUUUGUUUGUUUGUUUUGUUUCCCCCCCAAAAAAAAAACAAUUUUGGGGUAAAAGGGAGCUUCUUUACUAUAUAAGGGAGACAUUCCUGAAAAAUUCCAUUCCGCUGCAGUAAGGAAUUAUUUUGCAGACCUACGAGUUAUAAAUCACGUAUCAAAUUGUAAAAGGCAAGCAGCCAUUGAGUACUGGAGGAGCAAAUCACACAAAGUAGGUGCUUUUGUGAGAAGCUUGCUGUAGGCUGUUAAUAUUCAGUAGGCACAACAGUAAAAAGGCCUGGGCUCUCCUACAUGACUGAAGCAUCAGUGGUAUAUGCAAUGCAUGUUUCCUCAGAUGAAAGUAAAGAGUGUGAAUAUCGACUAUGCAAGUUUUAUGCAAUUAACUUUUUUUAGGACUUGACAAAAACUAUAUUUUGUAUAAAGAACUACCUUCGUGUUAAAUCUGACAUUCAAAGUGUUCCUUAUCUAUUGAAGCAAUAAAUCAAAGUGAAUCUGCCUCUUAAAGUUUAAAAACUUGUUCUGUGUGUACUUGAACCUUUCUUCCUUCUCCUCACCACCUCCCGUUCUGUUUUUGUGGUUAUUUAAAACCUAAAUAGAACUGGGAGAGGGGGAAACAAAACCAAAAAAGGUAAAAGCAAACAACGUGGCUGAAGUAAAUGAUCUGGAUUUCAGACAUAAAGUAUUUAUUUUCACCCAAAUGGAGGAAAAGUUGAAAUGGGGGAAGUGGGCAAGGAAAGAAAGAAAGAGAAAAGGCUUUCCAUUCCCAGUUCAUCUAGUCUUGAACUGGGUUAUUGCAAUUGUACAGGAAUACUCUAAUAAGGCUAUUUUCCAGUGCCUGCAGAUUCCUGGAACACCUGGAACUGUGGAAGAUUUUCUAUUCUAUUAAACUUUAAAAAAUAUGAGGAGCACUUGUGUAUAUUUUAAACUACUGACUUUUUAAGUGACUUAAGAAGCUGAAUGUAAACUUAACACUGAAUAAAUGUGAGAUUACUCUGAGGUUUCUCUUGAAAAAUAAAAUCCAGAAUGAUAAUGAAA